AUGGCAAUUUCUGUAUCUUUUCAAGAUAUUACAAAUUUAAUGAUCAAUAUUGAGCAAGAUAAAGAAAAUCAGCAAAAUAUAGUAAUUAUUGAAAAUAUUGAAAGAUUUGAAGAUAAUGAAAAUAGCGAGAAUGAUUUAGACGAUUUAUAUUAA